AUGGCGAACUGCGGCUUAUCGGGCCACAUCCCUUCGACUUUCUUCACGGGCCUAUCAGACACCCUUCAAGUCCUCGAUUUGGGCAUAAACGCGUUCACAGGCAGCAUUUCCCGCUUCGCUACUCUGACAGAAGCCAUCUACAUCGAGCUAUCCGAUAACGAGUUCACGGGGGGCAUCUCGCCCGCGUUCGGGUCGCUGCCCAAGCUGCAGCAGAUCGGCGCCUCCAACAACCAGCUCACGGGCUCUCUGCCGUCCGCCCUCGCAAACGCGCCGAGCCUUGGGAGCAUCCUCUUCGACGGAAACCGACUCACAGGCAAGCUGUCCUCGGCGUUUAGCUGUGCGAAGCAGGGGCUGAUGGCGCUCUACCUGGGCGGCAACCAGCUGCACGGCGCCAUCCCCGCCGCGCUCGCCGGCUGCAAGGACACGCUGUACCAGCUGGACCUCUCCAACAACUCCUUCUCCGGCGCCAUCCCCGCCGCGCUGGGCCACCUGGCCGAGGUGCGCAACUUCUCACUGGCGCACAACAACCUGUCGGGCGGCAUCCCUGCGUCGCUGGCGGGCAUGCGCAGCAUGGAGGUGCUGGACCUCGCCUUCAACCAGCUGCAGGGCGCCAUCCCCGCCGCGCUGGGCCAGCUAGACGGGCUGCACGAGGUGCAUGUGCAAGGCAACGACCUGUCUGGCCCGCUUCCCUCCCAGUGGGCUGCCUUCCCCGUGGCGUCCUUCACUCCUGGAAACAUGGGACUGUGCGGCGCUCCUUUGCCUGCUUGUGCUGCAGCGAGAAGGCUCCUGGCUCUUGCAUAG